CUGCAGUGUUUAGGUUUCCUGAGAGGAUUUUCAUCUCCUGUUUAUAUCCUAAUCUAAGGCAGAAUAAUGUUCUCGAAGACCAACGCUCUCUAAGGUAGUUUUAUGCCUGGAAACUGUUUCUGAGAAACUUCAAGCACUGAAGUGGGAGUCACUUGUUAACCAAGUAAUUAACCCAAUGGAAAAAUCAUUGCAUUUGAAAGCUGAUUUGCAUCCAGCAACUGUAAUUUCAUGCUGGUUAUGUUCUGGAUGAAUGCUUAUUCCUGCCCUCUUUGGAGUUGGUAAUUGAACAUAUUGCUUUCUCACUUCAGAAGCCUCUCGGCUGCUGUCACUACACAGAACAUCUCUGGCCUUUUAGCAGAAGUUAGUAGCUUGUUUCUGCCAGAGAGUAAAGCAAUGUGGCUAUAAAUAAAUGAACAAACCUUGGGAAGCCAGAGCACUUCUGGAGUUUAUUAUCAAGUAAGUGAUGCUGUCAAACCGAAGUCCAGUCCAAAGCCCCAGAAUUAUUGCAGGCCUUGACAUGGCAGAACUAUUUCAUGGCUGGCUAUCGAUAAACAAGACAGUGUGUUCUGAGCCUUUCAUCUGUUGAAAACUCUCCCAUUAAGCCCUAUCCAGGGGAAGGAAUGUCUUCUGGUUUUGUGCUUCUGACUUGUUCCCCUUCCUUUCCCCUCCCCUUAAUGGCCUUAACUGCAGUUGUAGAUUGUCCUCAGUGGGAGAACAAGUUCUCUAAACAAGCCUGGAGGGAAUCCUGCAGAGUAUGAACUGAGAUAAAGGAUGUAAUGCAUUACAGCUUGACAGAGGACACCGAGUCCCAAAGUGUCUCCAAGUGGCAAAGAAGUACUCUUUCAAAACCAGCCCUCCUAACCCCUAUUCCCAAAGGGCUCCUAAAGAAAUGGAUCUGCUUGAGCUGGAAUGUUUGGCCAGGAACUCCAGCAGCUCAGCAAGCAAUACAGCAACAUCAAGCUCCUUCAGCUGGAUGUGGUCUGCGAAAACAGCAUCAAGAAAGUAGUCAAGGAAGUGGAGGAGAUUGUGGGCGACAAAGGUCUGAACUGCCUCAUUAACAACGCUGGCAUCAAUGUGCUUGCUUCCUUGGAAGAAGUCACAGCAGAGACGAUGCUCACCAUUUAUGAAACCAACACAGUUGCCCAGCUGAUGGUCACCAAGGCAUUUCUCCCCCUUCUGAGGAAGGCAGCCCAGCUGAGCACGGGAAUGGGCUGCCACAGAGCUGCUAUUAUCAAUAUGUCCUCUCUUGCUGCCUCCAUGCAACUCGUCCAGGCAAAUGAGAUGUUCCUCAAGGUCUACCCCUACAGGAUAGCAAAGACUGCGCUGAACAUGAUCACCAGGUGCCUCGCUGCAGACUUGAAAUCGGAUGGAAUUCUUUGUAUUUCUUUGCAUCCAGGCUGGCUUCAGACAGACAUGGGUGGAAACAUGGCUCCCAUGCAGGUGCAAGAGGCUAUCCCUGGUAUCCUCUCUGUUCUGGACCGUCUUGGCGAAAAGGAGAACGGUUCCUUCCUGGACUGGCAAGGGGAAACACUACCGUGGUAGAAGUGCCCAGCACACUGCAGAAACAGCACAUCAGUCACUGUUUAACUGUGCCACUAUUGUCUGUGUCCCUAGGGUUUUCUUAUACACUAGUUGAAAUAGCCAGUUGGAUACCAGCCUCUUUCUAGGUGUAUGUGGGAAGUGAGGUGGCCGACUCUUCUCCUUGGUAUUGCUACUGCUCUGUUCUAAUGCCUCCUGCAAAUACUACUGUGCUCUUAGUGAUGGAACCACCUAAAAUAGAUAGAAGAUAAAGCAAGGUAGAUCCAGGGGCUGGUUCCUCAUCACUUCCAAAACCAAACUCUUUGCAGAAGUAAAUGACCUGACCUCAGAGUAAGGCCCAGUGUAUGCUGUCAGAUUCCAGUCUACUGGAGACAUGGCUCUGGGAAAGGUUCUUUGGUUUCCUUCAGUCCUAAUGGAGCCAAGGCUGCAGUUGCCCAGCUCUAAACUACAUGGAUUUGGUACUUCUCUCAACUCCUCAGCAACCUCUGCAUGUCCCCAGAUUGACAGCACACACCAGGCACUUGCUUUGUUCCCAGUGGGUGACUAACAUCCUGAUAUGGGGGUGGCAAUGCUGUUUUGUACAUAAACUUCUGAAUUGUCUUCAAUAAAGCCCUGUUUAAACAAA